GCCGCCGUGGGGAAGGCAGCUCCCGGCCCCGGGGCUGACGGGGCCGCGGGCCCGGCUCCCAGCGCGACACCGGCUCCCGGUGCGCACCGCCCGCCCUCGCCCCGUGCUGACGAUGCCCGCCGUGUCCCGCGCCUUGUCCGUGACCGCGGGGACCCUCCCGGCCCCGCCGCCCCCCCCCGGCGCUGCCCUGCGCCCACCGAGCCGUGACAGCGAGGGCUUCCCCUGACCCUGUUGGUCCCGUCCCAGCAAUGGGAAGUGGCUGGGCUGUGCGCCGUGCCAUCCCUGUGUCCCCCUGCCUGACCCACGGCCCCAUGGCGAGGACGGAGCCCUGACGGCGUGUGCCCACAGGAGGAGACGGCGCCGGGCACGGCAUGGGGAGGCCAUCGGCCGCCUUGAGCGCAUCGGCCGUACCGCCACCCUGAGCACCCCGACCCCGACCCCGAGGGCAGGGAGAGGCGGGGGCCUCCCGCACGGACCGGCGGCGAAGAUGGUGAUGUCCCAGGGCACCUACACCUUCCUCACCUGCUUCGCCGGCUUCUGGCUCAUCUGGGGGCUCAUCGUGCUGCUGUGCUGCUUCUGCAGCUACCUGCGGCGGCGCGUCAAGCGGCAGCAGGAGGAGCGGCUGCGGGAGCAGAGCCUGCGAGCGCUGGAGCUGGAGCCGCUGCACUACGAGGGCUAUGGGGGCAGCCCCCCCGGCAUGGCCGUCCCCCACCGCCUGCGCCUGGAGCCCCACCACCACCACCACCACCACCACCACCCCCACAUCCCACCCCCCCGGCCCUGGAGCUGCCGGCACGGUAAGGAGCGGCCGCGGAGCGCGCGUCCCCCCCAGUGGGGAGCACGGCGGUACGGGGGCCACGCUGACGCCGAGGGGGGGCUUUACCCGGCAGAGUCGGACCUGUCGAAGCCGCCGUGCUAUGAAGAGGCGCUGCUGAUGGCCGAGCCCCCCCCACCCUACAGCGAGGUGCUGAUGGACACUCGUGGGCUCUAUCGCAAGAUCAAUGCGCCCUUCCUGAGCCACGAGCGGCUGGAGAAGCAGGAGCAGCCCCCCAGCUACAAACCCCUCUUCCUGGACACCGGCUACGGCUCCGCGCUGCAUCUGCCCCGCUCGGCCAGCCCCGGCCCGGCCUGCCCGGACCUCUACCUGCAGGCAGAGUGCUCCCCACGCAUGUUCCCCAGCUGGACGGACUCGGAGCUCAGCAGCAGGGACACCUUCGAGCCGGGGCCGUGGCACCUUCCAGUCUCCAUGCCCCUGUUUGGCAGGACUACGGCUGUGUAAGGGAGGGGCCAUAGCCACCCAAGGGUGCCCCUCCGACACGAGGGCGCUCAGCUGCCCUCCCUGGGUACCCCAUCCCCGGCGCGGGCCAUCGCCGCCAGCGCGGAAGGGGCUGGUUCCCCCUCUCGCCCCCACCUGUCAUCCCCUGCUGGCACCCCCGCGGCCGGGGGGGGCUCGGAGCCGGGCUCAGACUCUGCUCUGUUUCUUAUUUUGUUUGUUACAGUUUGAGAAUAAAAGUUUGUGGAUCCGG